AUGUCUUUGAUUCGGCGGAGGAAAGCUGCUCCGGAGGCUGAGAAGGCCUCGAGCUCGCAGGAGAAGAUCCCUGAGGACAUUAGUAUUACUGAGGAAGAGGAGUAUAACAAGAAGGAACUUGGUGCGAAGAAGAGGAGCUCGGAUGAAAAGAAGAGCAGCAAAGGAAAGGACAAGUGGUCCUGUGUUGAUGGGUGCUGCUGGUUCAUUGGCUGCAUAUGCACGACUUGGUGGCUGCUGCUGUUUCUGUACAACAUGUUGCCUUCUUCGUUGCCUAACCACGUGACGGAAUUCAUCACGGGGCCGCUGCCCGAUCCCCCGGGACUGAAGCUGAAGAAGGAAGGGCUGAGGGCGAAGCAUCCGGUGGUGUUCGUGCCUGGUAUUGUGACGGGUGGGCUGGAGCUAUGGGAAGGGCACGAAUGUGCAGAAGGGCUGUUCAGGAAGCGGAUGUGGGGUGGCACAUUUGGAGAAGUCUACAAGAGACCUCUCUGCUGGGUAGAUCAUAUGUCACUGGACAAUGAAACUGGACUGGAUCCUCCGGGUAUAAGGCUUCGGCCAGUAAGUGGACUAGUAGCUGCAGAUUAUUUUAUGCCAGGUUAUUUUGUAUGGGCAGUUCUGAUUGCUAACUUAGCUAGAAUUGGGUAUGAGGAGAAGACGAUGUACAUGGCUGCAUAUGAUUGGAGACUCUCAUUUCAGAACACUGAGGUAAGGGAUCAAACACUGAGCCGCAUAAAAAGCAACAUUGAGCUCAUGGUGGCCACAAAUGGUGGAAAUAAGGCCGUUGUGAUUCCCCAUUCAAUGGGUGCUCUGUACUUUCUACACUUCAUGAAGUGGGUUGAGGCACCGGCUCCAAUGGGGGGUGGUGGAGGACCUGACUGGUGUGCAAAGCAUAUAAAAACCGUGCUUAAUAUUGGUGGACCAUUUUUAGGAGUUCCAAAGGCAGUGGCUGGGCUUUUCUCUGCUGAAGCUAAGGACAUUGCCGUAGCAAGGGCUAUUGCACCAGGUUUUCUUGGUAACGAUAUCUUUCGCCUCCAAACAUUGCAGCGGGUGAUGAAGAUGAGCCGUACAUGGGAUUCUACUAUGUCAAUGAUACCAAAAGGUGGGGAUACAAUAUGGGGUGGUCUUGAUUGGUCACCUGAAGAAGGUUAUCGUCCUAGCAAGAGAAGAAAAAUCACCAAUCAGUCAGAGGUCAAGUUCGAAGAUGAGAAUGAGAGCUUGGUCUCUAAUCAGAAAGUUAAUUAUGGAAGGAUCAUAUCUUUUGGAAAAGAUGUUGCUGAAGCUCCAUCAUCUGAGAUUGAGAGAAUCGAUUUUAGGGACGCUGAUAAAGGUCAUAAUGCUGCAAACAAUACCUGUCGUGAUGUUUGGACGGAGUAUCAUGACAUGGGAAUUGAGGGUAUCACAGCUGUUGCUGGCUAUAGAGUCUACACUUCUGAUUCACUUCCGGACCUGCUUCAAUAUGUUGCUCCGAAAAUGAUGGAACGUGGGAGCAAGCAUUUCUCCUAUGGAAUUGCAGACAAUUUGGAUGACCCUGAAUAUCAGCACUAUCGAUAUUGGUCUAACCCCUUGGAAACGAAACUGCCGAACGCUCCUGAAAUGGAAAUCUUUUCCAUGUAUGGGGUCGGGAUUCCAACUGAGAGAGCUUACAUUUAUAAGCUGUCUCCUGCUGCUGAAUGCUACAUCCCAUUCCAGAUUGAUACAUCAGCUAAUGGCGAGUAUGAAGAUAGCUGCCUCCAAGAUGGAGUGUACACUGUGGAUGGGGAUGAGACAGUGCCCGUAUUAAGUGCAGGCUUCAUGGGCGCCAAAGGUUGGAGGGGCAAAACUAGAUUUAAUCCUUCGGGUAUCCGAACUUAUGUCAGGGAAUAUGAUCAUGCCCCACCAGCGAAUCUGUUGGAGGGCCGUGGAACCCAGAGUGGAGCACAUGUUGAUAUUAUGGGGAACUUUCAAUUGAUGGAGGACAUCAUUAGGGUGGCUGCUGGAGCUACCGGGGAAGAGCUGGGGGGCGAUCAGGUUUACUCCGAUGUCUUCAAGUGGUCCGAGAAGAUCAACUUGGCACUCUAACAUCAUGUGGUACGUGCAUUCAUGCAUAUUAUGCUAUACAAUAAGUGAGGAAAUGAAGCCUCAUUUAUUUGGAUGAUAAAGCUGCGCUUUCUGCUGCUUUAGCAUCAUCAAAUUUUUGAAGACGUGCUCUUCUUCUUCUUGUAAUAUUUGUUGCCUGGCCAUAUUUAUCAUGAUUCCGAUGUGUUUCUGGUGCAGAUGCGCCGCAUCAAGUGUUGUAUUAUUUUUUUUGGCAACUCUCAUUCUUGACAGUGUAUGUAGCACAAGUGUUAUAAUGUCCACGUUUCAAUUCAUUUA